GCCGAGCCAAAAUUAUCAUCUAACGUUACACGGAAGCCCAUCUUUAAUCAGGGGGAUGGGUUAUCUAAAAAUCAUGUACAAUUUUCAGAUUCCGUAUUUCACCGGAGUAGUAUAGCAAGGGCAAAUGGGUCCAACUCCACCGGAAGUGGAAUGGGUGGACCUGGGUUGAGGGUGCCCCCUAACACCCCUUGCAGUGGUAAUUAUGGAAAGGACCUUGAGGAUAGCAACUAUGUUGACCCAUCAAUUAAUGAUUCUAACUGCGAUGUAUCAGGUUACCAGGGGAAAAGCGGGGGUGUUUUUGAGUCCGGUUCUAAUAGAUAUACUGAUUCAGGCUAUUCC